CUGUGCCAAUGCUUCCUGAAUACCCUCUGGUUGUGGUUGAAGACCAAACCACAAAUGAAAUUUGCGACGGUUUUGAGCUCGAUCGCACACAACUAAAGCUCAUAAAAUUGCUUGGGACCGGGAACUUUGGCCAAGUUUCCAAGGCAAUUUAUCAGCCUUCCCAACUACAAGUGGCUGUCAAAUCCCUGAAAGAGAACGCCGAAACGGUGGACCUAGAGUGCAUCAUGAAGGAGUUGGAAGUUAUGAAAUCUCUGAGGGCUCAUCCGCACGUCGUGGAUCUCAUUGGUCAUUAUCCUGUGUUUAUAGUUUUGGAGUAUCUGCCAUAUGGUGAUUUGUUAGGAUACCUGCGUAAGAGCAGAGGAAUUGAGGACACUUAUAACACAGGAGAAAAGGGACCAAGUUCAGCACUAAAUGAAAAAGACCUCUUGUCUUUUGCAUGGAUGAUUGCUGAUGGCAUGGGUUAUUUGGCAUCAAUGAAGUUUGCUAAUUUCAGGGUGGUUCAUCGGGAUUUAGCAGCUCGAAAUGUUUUAGUUGGAGAAAACAGAGUGUGCAAAAUUUCAGACUUUGGACUGGCACGAAGAUUGGAGAAAAAUAUCUAUACGAGAAGGACUCAGGCACGACUACCAAUAAAAUGGAUGUCCCCAGAAUCAAUUUUCAAGGCUGAGUCGACAACAAAGAGUGAUGUAUGGUCUUACGGUAUUGUAAUGUGGGAACUGCUUACGCUUGGCGGAUCGCCAUAUCCUGAUAUGAGUGUGCAAGAGCUCAUUCCCAUGCUGGAGGGUGGAUACCGCAUGCCAAAACCGAACCACGUCUCAGAAAAAUUGUAUGCCAUUAUAUUGGAGUGUUGGAAUGAACAGCCCGAAAACAGACCAACUUUCAGCUGGAUUUGUUUUGCAGUCAAAAGACUUCUGGACGACGUGUAG